AUGGAGAUUGAUACGGGAGCAUCGUUCUCGGUGAUUAAUGAGAAAACAUUGCAAGAAAUUAGUCGCGGUAAAGGAAAUCUUGACUUAAAACAAACUGAAAUUUCCUUACGUACCUACACUGGUGAGAAAAUAUCUCCGAAGGGAAUUACUGAAGUGGUGGUCGAAUACAAUAACCCAGUUAGUCGGUUACCCUUAUUGGUGCUGAAAGGCAAUGGUCCUAAUUUGAUUGGUCGAAAUUGGCUUGAAAACAUUUGCUUAAAUUGGACAAGCAUCAAACGACUAGCCAAGCCUAACUUAGAAGAGGUUUUAAACAAGUACGACGACUUGUUUACAGACGAAUUAGGCAAAUUGAAUGGCGUGACUGCCAAGAUUUACGUCGACCCGUCAACGAAACCGAUUUUUGUAAAGCUCAGUCGGUACCAUACACGAUAAAACCUAAGAUUGAAAAGGAACUCGAAACGCUCGAAAGACAAGGAACAAUUGAAACCGUACAGUAUUCAGAUUGGGCAACGCCAGUGGUACCAAUCAUGAAACCUGACGGAAGUGUUCGAUUGUGCGGGGACUACAAAAGGACUGUGAACAAAGUUUCCCGUUUAGAUGCCUACCCUUUACCUAAGAUCGAAGAAGUUCACAAUAAACUGGCAGGAGGGAAAACAUUCACUGAGCUCGAUUUAAGCCACGCUUACGAACAGAUGGUCCUGGACGACGCCUCGAAGGACGUGGUAACGACAAACACGCAUCGUGGUUUGUACCGGUACAACCGUCUGCCAUAUGGUGUAUCAUCUGCGCCUGGAAUUUUCCAAAGAACGAUGGAAAGUUUACUCAACGGAAUUCCAUACACUGGCAGUCUGGCAUCCUCCUUGAUAACAUUUUGAUUUCUGGACCGACGGAUGAAGAACACCUUCAGAACCUGGAAGAAGUGAUGAAGCGUCUUUCUGAAGCUGGGUUACGUCUAAAGAAGUCGAAGUGUCGCUUUAUGCAACCUACCCUCGAGUGUUUGGGUUACCGUAACGACGAAACUGGUAUUUAUCCAGUUGAAGCCAAGGUGAAAGCAGUUCAAGAAGCACCUACACCUACCAAUGUUACCGAGUUGAAAGCAUACUUGGGAUUGCUCAAUUUCUAUGGUAAAUUCUUACCAAAUCUGUCAACUGAGUUAGAGCCACUGUACCAGCUACUUCGUAAGAAUCAGAGAUGGAAAUGGAACACAGAACAAAUUCGUGCAUUUGAACGAUCUAAGACUUUGUUACAAUCUGCAGCAGUGUUAGUCCAUUAUGACCCACACAAGAAAUUAACCGUAUCCUGUGAUGCUUCACCCUAUGGUGUUGGAGCGGUUUUAUCUCAUGAGAUGCCAGAUGGGAGUGAACGACCGAUUGCUUUUGCAUCGCGAACAUUGACAUCUGCCGAAAAGAAGUAUUCUCAGCUGGAUAAAGAAGGAUUGGCUAUGGUAUUUGCGGUCAAGAAAUUCCACCAAUUUCUAUAUGGCCGACAUUACACUAUUUACACUGAUCACAAGCCAUUACUUGGAAUUUUCAAAUGUGAGAAACCCGUACCAUUAAUGGCAUCCGGCCGAAUUCAACGAUGGGCUUUGACUUUAGCAGCGUACGAGUAUGACCUGAUAUAUCGUCCUGGUAAAGAAAACGGAAAUGCAGAUGCUCUUAGCAGACUACCUUUGAAAAUUGAGCCCAAGUCUACACCAAUACCACAAGAAGUAGUAAAUUUGGUGGACCACCUCAAUCAAAGUCCAGUGGAUGCUUUGAAGAUCAAACAGUGGACCUUGCGAGACCCCGUACUAUCACGAGUACUUAAGUUUACACUUCAAGGGUGGCCAUCGCAAGUGAAUGAUGAGAACAUUAAGCCUUACCUCACACGAAAAGACGAGAUUAGUGUUCAAGAUGGAUGUCUGUUAUGGGGAUCGCGGGUAGUGGUUCCUCCCAAAGGAAGAACGGACGUCCUGAAUCUUUUACACGAUACUCAUCCGGGAAUGUCACGAAUGAAAAGUUUAGCUCGUGGACAUGUUUGGCGGCCAGGAAUCGAUAAAGAAAUAGAAGAAAAGGCAAAGAAAUGUUCAACAUGUCAAGUACACCAGAGGACACCCCAAAGAGUACCUUUACAUCCCUGGGAAUGGCCACAUCGACCAUGGUCCCGUAUCCAUAUCGAUUAUGCAGGCCCUUUUAUGGGCAAGAUGUUUUUACUGAUAAUCGAUGCUCACUCGAAAUGGUUGGAUAUUCACAUAACCAACUCGUGCAAUACUCAGUCAACGGUCGAGAAACUCCGCAUCACAUUUGCAAAUCAUGGAUUACCGGAGAUGGUAGUUUCUGAUAAUGGUCCAGCUUUCGUGAGCAAGAAAUUCGAGGAAUUCAUGAAAAAUAAUGGAAUUCGACAUGUAAAAUCUGCCCCUUAUCAUCCUUCAACGAAUGGCUUAGUCGAAAGAGCUGUGCAAACGUUCAAGAAAGCGAUGAAGAAGCAGAGUGGAACUUUGCAAACUCGUUUAUCUCGAUUCCUAUUUAAGUAUAGAACCACACCGCAUACCACUACAGGUAUAUCGCCCGCGGAAUUAAGAUGGGGAACCAAGUUACGAUCACACUUGACAUUAUUACAGCCAGAUGUUGGGAAAACUGUACGUUAUGCUCAACAUAAGCAGAAGAGACAUUGUGAUGAACACGUAAGACAGCGUUCAGUCUCCAUUGGUGACGAUGUUUUCGUGAGAAAUUAUUCAAACCCGAAGUUUCCAUGGACUGCUGGAAAAGUCGUUGAGUCUACGGGCCCAAUUUCUGCGAAAGUUGCAUUAGAUGAUGGAAAAAUGGUACGACGUCAUCAGGACCAAAUAAGUUCCUCGAGCACUAAAGAUUCGAGUAUUAUUGCUCCCGAAGAAAUUCAAGAAAGUAAUACUUCCACAGAGGAAACUCAAGCUCCUGAAACUCAAGCUCCUGAAACUCAAGCUCCUGAAACUCAAGCUCCUGAAACUCAAGCUCCUGAAACUCAAACUCGACGUUAUCCGACGAGAGAAAGGAGAAGACCCAAGAAACUAGACGAUUAUGAACUUUGA